AUGACUCAACACUUAAAGGACAAGGGCUCGAAAUGGCAAACUGUAAUAGCCGGGUCGACCGCAGGACUGGUGUCGAGGUUCGUUGUCGCACCGCUUGAUGUCGUCAAGAUCCGGCUGCAGCUGCAGUCCCACUCCCUUUCCGACCCGCUCUCGCUCAUGAAGCUUCCUCCCGGUUCCCCGGUCUACAAGGGCCUCGUCCGUACCGCUCGAGACAUCAUCAGAGAUGAGGGCUUUACAGCUCUAUGGAAGGGCAACGUCCCUGCCGAGAUCAUGUACAUGGUUUAUUCGGCCGCACAGUUUUCAGCAUACCGUGCCACCGCCGAGGCGAUACGCCCAUACUUCGGUAAUAGCAAGACCAACCCUCAUAUAGAGUCCCAGAUCUCGUGGAUCGCCGGUACGGCGGCCGGCUUGGCAGGUACAACCGCGUCUUACCCGCUCGAUCUCCUCCGAACCCGUUUCGCUGCCCAGGGAAACGACCGAGUAUACACAUCAUUCUUCCGAUCUUUCGGUGAGAUCUACAGAGAUGAAGGACUCCAGGGCUUCUUCCGUGGCAUCGUCCCCACUCUCUUGAAUGCUGGCCCCGGCAUGGGCAUUUACUUUCUCACCUAUGAAGCAAUUCGUCCUCCCGAUGUCAGGAAGGGCGAGGACGAGGGGAAGCGCAUCAUUCCCCGGAUGCCCUGGGGCUUCGACAAGUUUCUGGCAGGUAGUCUCUCCAGCUUCAUCGCGAAGACCGCCGUCUUCCCCUUCGAUAUCGUCCGCAAGCGAAUGCAGGUGCAGGGCCCGACGCGAGGACGAUACAUCCACAAGAACAUUCCGGAGUACACGAGUACCGUCGGAGCUCUCAGGACCAUCCUAGCCACCGAAGGUUUUAGGGGAUUGUACCGGGGUCUCUUUGUCACGCUGCUCAAGCACGCGCCUGCAAGCGGUGUGACGCUAUGGGUGUACGAGAACACCUUGCGCGGCCUUAUGGCGUUGGACCAGGCUGUUGAGCGAAAGCUUUGA